CGGAUUACUUUCUUCUUUUGGGUUAUUAUAUUUCGGCCCCUAUAGUUACAAUCUUUGCCCAAAAUGCCUCGUAAUAACUCAAAAUACCGUAAUCGUCAUCUCAAAAUAGAAAAGAAAAGCCGAAAAAGGAUAAAGAUGAAAAGAGAAAACAAUGAUUUUUUAUAAACAAGAUUCCAUAUUUCGAGGGAAGCUCAGUCGGCGGCCGGAUUUCUCUCCAUCUCUCUCUCUCUCUGUUCCUAUCCCGGCGAAGUCAUUUUCCGAAUCCCGGAAUUGUCCGAAAUCGACACUUACCGGUGAAAAUCUCUGUAAAUCUUUGAGGAAAGGAAGCGAAUUUUAUAUCUAGAGGUUUCGUAUUGAUGGCGGCGAGCGCGAAUCCGUCGGGGAACAACCAGGAAGGUUCGUCGGCGGCGCAGAAGGUUUCGUCUUCAUCGGCGGCGGCGACGACGAAUGGUGCUGCUGUAAAUUCGGUCGAUAAUGGUGGUAGUACAGCCGCGGCUGAUAAUUCUCAGACGAUUAGCGCGUUGAGGCAUAAUCCAGGGAUCUCUGUCGAUUGGACUCAUGAGGAGCAAUCGUUAUUGGAAGAUUUGCUCGCAAAGUACGCGUCAGAACCCACGAUUGUUCGUUAUGCCAAAAUUGCGAUGAAAAUGAAGGAUAAAACUGUAAGAGAUGUUGCACUGCGUUGUAGAUGGAUGACUAAAAAGGAAAACGGAAAGCGUAGGAAAGAAGACCAUUCGUCAAGGAAAAGUAAAGAUAAGAAAGAAAAAACUACGGAUUCUUCAGCCAAGUCUUCAUCUCAUUUGAAUGUGCAUCCGAAUGGUCCUUCAUAUGCUCCUCCUAUGAUGCCUAUAGAUACUGAUGAUGGCAUUUCAUAUAAAGCUAUUGGUGGUGUGAGUGGAGAUCUUCUCGAACAAAAUGCUCAGAUGUUUAAUCAAGUUUCAUCAAAUUUCUCAGCUUUCCAGAUACAUGAGAACGUCAAUAUCUUGUGCAAAGCUCGGGACAAUAUCCUCGCAAUCUUGAACGACUUGAAUGACAUGCCAGAGGUUAUGAAGCAGAUGCCACCUCUUCCGGUGAAGGUGAACGAGGAGCUGGCAAAUUCGAUCCUCCCUCGCCCUCCCCAUCAAAUGAAGUCGUGAUGGAUGGAUCUUAUAGAGCUGAUCGAUGGUUGGUUCUGAGUUCUGACCAAAAAAAACUCUCUCUAAUCCGGGAUCAAUGAAGAAAUUAAUAAAUCGCUGGGUGUAGAGAGUUUCCACUCGUAAUUGAUGAUAGAAUGCGGGUUUUCUCCUGACUCAUAGAGUUUACUAGUCUCUUUAUGCAAUUUCAGUCGCCUUUAGCAAAUGGUUAAUUGAUACAUGAGUAGGGUUGUAUUGUCGUUUAGGAUGUGAAUAGAUUUCAAUUGGUUUAUGGUAAAAGUCUGUAUAAAAUUGGUUUCAAGCUGAAAGGUUUUUUGAGUCGAUUACAAGAGCUACCCUACAAGUGAUGCUGAGUUGUUAGUAUCAUAUUAUUUUCUUAGAAUAAGGUCCACAUGGUGCAAUUUGUCAUACAACCCCUUUAUUUAGAAAUGAAACGAAUGUACU